AUGUUUGAAACUCCUUCUACUCAAGCAUUUGAUAAGCUGAGGCAAUUGACGUUGAUUGGAUUACCAGUGAUGAGCCACAUAUGGGAAAAGGCACAUAGCCAAACUUCUUACUUGCCUGUGGAGAAAUUAGUUGUUGAGCAUUGUAGUGCGAUGGAGAAAAUUGUUGGAGAGGCAGAAGGAGGAGGAGAAAGUAUUGAGGAUGAAUUGACAUUUCUGCACGUGAAUUCUAUUUUACUUGUGAAUUUACCCGAACUUGAAUCUUUCUGCUCUGAAGCUUAUACUUUGAAGUGUUAUCAAGUUGUGGAGAGUAUGAGAUUGAGGAUGGAACCUAAUCUUGCUGCGAAGGAUGCAAUAUCACGAAUUGCGAGAAAAUUCCCUGAUUUUUUAGGAGCUGUGUUUGCCAUCAAUAAGAAGGGUAUGCAUGCUGGUGCUUGCCAUGGAUGA